UCUUGAGGUUUGGUUUAGAUCAUCUUUGGACUGUGUUCUUGCUUCAACAGUGUUUGAACGGAACAGAGUCUGUACUGUGAGACUUUUAAUUUUUUUCCUUUGAAAAUUUUUUGUCAUCUGCUGUCAUUAACAACUAGCUACUGAAAUGGAGUCUCAGGUCCGCCAGAACUACCACACUGAAUGUGAAGCUGCGAUUAAUCGCCAGAUCAACAUGGAGCUGACUGCCUCCUAUGUUUAUUUGUCUAUGUCUUGUUUCUUUGACCGAGAUGAUGUGGCACUGAAACACUGCUCCAAGUUUUUCAAGGAACAGUCUCAUGAGGAGAGAGAACAUGCUGAGAAACUAAUGAAGUUCCAAAACAAACGUGGUGGCCGUAUAUUUCUCCAGGAUAUCAAGAAACCUGAACGAGAUGAGUGGGGUAAUGUGCUAGAAGCCAUGAUGUGUGCACUGGAGCUGGAGAAGACUGUGAAUAGGAGCCUGCUGGACCUACACAAUCUGGCUACAGAGAAGGCUGACCCUCAUCUGUGUGACUUUCUGGAGAGCCACUAUCUGGAAGAACAAGUUGAAGCCAUCAAGAAGCUGGGAGACUACAUCACCAACUUGAAGCGUGUGGGUGCUCCCCAGAAUGGGCUGGGCGAGUACCUCUUUGACAAAUACACCUUGGGAAGCAGCAGCUAAGUCAUCCAAAUGGAAUACAUGCCAACAGAGUUGUCAAAGCAUUUUAAAUACUGACCUUAUUCUGGCAAUUUGUUAAGGCUAAACAGUGUGUUGCCAUCUGUGCCACCCAAAAUAAAUAAAUAAAAAUCAAGAGUUUAA